AUGAACAAGAAUUGGAUUCAGAAUUUAGAGAAUAUAAUUGAUAAGAAUAAAAUAUUUGAGUGGGAUGAGAAGAAGAACGAAAAAUUGAAAGAUGUGUGUAAGAAUUUAAUAAAAAAGGAUUAUAGUAUUGAUCAUUAUGUUACGAAUCCUAUAAUAAUAGAUAAUUAUAAGAAAGAAAAAAUAAAAGAAUUAUAUGAAUGGCAAGAUGAAUGUUUAAGAGAAUUAAGAAAAGUAAACUGGGAGAAAGGAGAGAAUUUUAUAUGUGUAGCUCCAACAUCUGGUGGGAAAACUUUAGUUACCGAAUUAUUUAUAUUUGAAGAGAUAAAAAAUAGAAAAAAACAAAUAUUUUUCUUAUUUCCAUUAAAUUCCUUAAUAAACGAAAAAAUGAUAUAUUUAAAAAAUAUUUGUAAAGGUACCAAUAUAAGGAUAGGUGUUGAAAUAGAAGAAAAUGAUAUAAUAUUAUGUACAUAUGAAAAAUUUAAUAAUUAUUUAAACAAAAGGAAAUUAUACGAUGAUAAUAAAUCUGAUAAAUAUAAUAUAAAAAGUAAUAUAUCAUCUAAUUGUAGCAAUAAUAAUAACAAUUCAGAAGAUUUAAAGAAUGACAACAUUAUUGUUAUAAUAGACGAAUUUCAUCAUAUUAAUGAAAAAGGUAGAGGAAUAUAUAUAGAAAAUAUUGUUUCAAAAAUAUUAUAUAUGAAUAAAAAAAUAUGUCACAUAAAAAUUAUAUGUAUGAGUGGUACAUUAAAUAAUAUCUCUAUAUUAAAAAAAUGGAUGAAAGCUAAAUUUUAUAUCUCUACUUAUCGCCCACAAGAAAUAAAAGAACAUUAUGUAUGUAAUUUUAAUGUAUAUAAAAAAGUACAAGAUGGGAAAUUUUAUAACACUUGUAAUCUAUUUAGUUUUAAUGAUACAUGUUAUGACGAAAAAGUACAAAAAAAUGAAUCGGCAUCUUUUCAAAAUCAAAAAUUUCAUGAAACGAAUAGGAUGAAUACAUCGAAGUCUUCAUUGCAAUAUCUAAAUAAAGAUAUUAAUAUAUAUAAUAAUAAUAAUAAUAAUAUUGAUAUGAUGGUGAUGAAUUCUAGUCAUCUAUUUAUGGCUGGUGGUCAGGAAGAAAGAAAACAAUCUAGUGGAAACAAUAAAAGAUCAAGUUAUAAUAGAGGAAGGAGUUAUUCGUACGAACCAAACAAUAAUAAAAGAAUAAAUUGUAAUCAUAGUAGUAAGUAUUCAUCUAGUAAUAAUAAUACAGUAAGUUAUAGUUAUUUUAGUAGUGUUGAAGAAAGUGAUACCAUCAACAAUUAUAAUGAUAAUAAUAAUGGUAAUUAUAAUGAUAAUUAUAAUGAUAAUAAUUAUUAUAAUGAUAAUAAUAAUGAUAAUUAUAAUGAUAAUAAUAAUGAUAAUUAUAAUGAUAAUAAUAAUAAUAAUUAUAAUGAUAAUUAUAAUGAUAAUAAUAAUAAUUAUUAUAAUGAUAAUUAUAAUAGCAUGAAUAAUAUGUGUCCAUCCAUUUUAAAUCAUAACAGAAGUUAUAGCAGCUACAACAAUAUGCACUUAUCAAACAUUAGUUUGACCUACACCUGUAAUAAAAAUAAUUAUCCUAAUAAUAUGAGAAGUAGUGGUCAUAAUAACAUGCAUCAUAAUAUAAAUCAUCAAGAAAAUUAUAGAAAUGAAAAUAGCUGUAACAACCUUUCUGCCAAUGGUAGCUAUAUCGAUAAUCACCAUCUUAAUAAUAAUAAUGAUAAGUGUAACUAUGAACGUAUGCUUAAUAAUAAGAACCAAAUAAAGAAUCCUAUUUACUCAUGUCAUAAUGAUUCCAUAUCGAAUAUUAAGAAUUCACAACAUUUAUCACAAAGUAAAUACGUGCACACAGAAAAAAAAGGUUCUCUUGAUGACCAUAUUAAUUAUAUAAUAAAAGAAAAAGAAAAAUUAAUUUGUGAAACAAAUAGUAAGAAUAGUAUUAUGUGCUUUCUUAAUAAAAAGAAUCAGAAUAAAAAUAAAUAUAAUACAUUAAAUACUAGCUUAAUUAAUUCUUUAUUAUAUUUUUCUUUACAUAGUUAUAUUAACAACUUGAAUACAUUAAUAUUUUGUUCUACGAAAAAAAUGUGCGAAUUUUAUAUUAACCUAAUAAAUGAAUAUCUCAGUACCUUAAGAAGUUUACCCAUACCAGAAUAUAUAGAAAUGAAAAGAAAAGAAUUAAAAGAAAAAAUAUAUAAUAUAGACAAAUGUAUAUAUGAAAAAAUGCAUAAAUUAAUAUCGAAUGGAGUGUGUUAUUAUUAUAGCGAUAUAUCACAUUCAAUUAAACGAUUAUUAGAGAUUGCUUAUAAAGAAAAAACCUUAUUUUUAUUAACUUGUACAUCAACCCUUUCGGUUGGAUUAAAUUUAUUUGUAGAUAGAGUUAUUAUUUCAUCCCCUUUUGUUGCUCAGAAUUUUUUAACAAAUACACAAUAUAAACAGAUGAUUGGUCGUGCAGCUAGAUUAAAAAAAGGAGACUCAUUUAUUUUUGUGGAUAAAGAAUAUGAAAAGAAAAUGUUAAAUAUAUUUAAAGAGACAUUUACAAAUAUUAAAAGUACAAUGCAUGCAAACACUUUUGAAGAAUUAGAAAAAUAUGUUAUUGAAUUUUUAUGUUUAUAUAACGAAAAGGAAUAUAUAUCAUUUUAUGAUAUUAUUCAUAUGUUUUCUUUUUCCUUGUAUUAUACCGAAACCAUAUUAAAUACAUUAAAACAAGAAAUGAAUGCAAGUCCUUCGAUAUAUACAUAUAAAGAAGGUAAGGAUCAGAAAGAUAUCCCUGCGAUUCGUGUCAAGAGAAUUUUUGAUACUCUUCAUCGUGAUAGCACAUCUACAGAGGAAACAGCAACAAAAAGGAAGAACCAUAAUAAAGAAGAUGAUUACAUGGAUGAAAAUAUUUAUUGUGUUGGUAAUAUAUAUGGAGAUGAUGAUAAAAAUGUUGAAAAUUCCUAUACACUUUAUAAUAAUAAUCAGCGUGGUUUUACACAUGGAGAAAAUGUGAGUCCCAUAAGUAAGACAGAAGAAGAUAAAAAAGAAAAUAAGAAUGAAAUAUUAAAAGAGAAUAUACAUACAUCAUAUUCAUUUUAUUUUAAUAUAAAUUUAAAUUAUUUUACAUGUGAUGAAAUAUUGUUUUAUCAUAACAAAAAAAAUGAAAUAUAUAAAGUAUUAGAUAAUUUAUUAAAACAUAAGUGUAUAGAAAUACAUAAUGAAAAGAUAAAAAUAACAAAUUUUUGUCGUUCUUUAUGUAUAAGUAAUUUAAAUUUAUCUAUAGGUGUAGACUUAAUUAAUGAAAUACGUAUGUAUGAUAAAAUAUAUUUAUAUAAUAAAUUUCAUUUAUGUUACAUAUGUUCAUCUUAUAACAUUAAUAUCGUAUCAUUUAAUUAUGAGUUUUCACAUAUAAAAAAUCUAUUAUCAUUAAUCUCGGAUAAUUAUACAAAAAAUAUUAUAUUCCAAACAUUAAAUUUUGAUAGUGAUUUAAUUAAUAUGUUAAAUUUGAAUUCUCAACAUAAUCAAAAGAAAAAAACAUACUUUUCCAAUUCACAACUUGAAAGGAAAUAUAGUAAAUUAUAUUUAUCCAUACUUUUAUUUUUAUAUUUAAAUGAAGAAGAUAUGAAAAUAAUAUUCUCCAUCUAUAAAAUCACACCAGAUAUAUUAAAAUCAAUAUUACAACAUACAUAUAUGUAUAUAAAUAUAUUAAUAUCCUUUUUUGAUAAUUUAAAUGAAUGGAUACUAGUAUGUUUGCUAAAAAAAUUUCUACAAAAUUUUAAAAGUUCCAAAAAACUUUCUAUAUAUGCUGGGAAAUUUAAGAAAGGGAAACGUUAUGAUCAAAUGAAAUAA